UGUUUACUGCGUGUCACCAGGGCAAAAUGAACGUGAAUGGUAGAUAGCAGUCCACCUACCUACAAACAAAGAUAUUGCUGUUCUUUAGUUUCAAGGUUUCAUAAAAUUCCAUUGACUAAAUAGGUCGAGGAGAUAUGCAACACAAAUGGCUCGCGUUUUUUUUAUAGCUAGCCAAGUGAGCAGCAAAUCCUUAAUCGAAAGCUAGCCAACUAGCUAACUAUUGUUGUAUUGCGCUAGCCAGCUUGCUAACGUUUCGCAUUUUCUAUACUUUAGCUCAGCUACCAUAGAAAUUAGCAAUGCCCAGGUAACUGUCAUCAAUGCAUUCAACACCUAGCGUUGUGUGACGUCGUCAGUCUUAGCACCAUGAACCUAUUCCGUCUUGUAUGUCGUCACAAAACGGCCCUGGCCAUCGGAGGAGUCUGCCUGUUUGCCGUGGUCCUCCUUUUCCUCGCCAAGUGCACCUCAGAGACCCUAAAACAGGGCCAGGCAGACCCUCCAGGUCUAGCUCCCCAUGCUGCCCAAUCCCAGCCCAGAGCAGAGCACCCUGAGUCCCUGUCACGACCAAAAGACCUCUCAGCCUUCCUAGUGAUCCUCAUCACUACUGGGCCCAAGUACACAGAGCGGCGGAGCAUUAUCCGCAGCACCUGGCUGGCUAAGAAGGACCCGGAGGUUCUUGCUUGGUUUGUUGUGGGAACCGAGGGUCUACCCACUGAGGAUAUGCAGAAUCUCAACACUGAACAGGGCCGGCACAAAGACCUGCUUUUACUCCCCGAGCUACGGGACUCCUACGAGAACCUCACCCUGAAGCUCCUGCACAUGUACUCGUGGCUUGAUCAGAACGUGGACUUUAAGUUUGUUUUGAAAGCAGACGACGAUACAUUCGCUCGCCUGGACCUUCUGAAGGAGGAGCUGAAAACAAAAGAGCCCAGCCGGCUGUACUGGGGCUUCUUCUCAGGGCGUGGGCGUGUCAAGACAGUUGGGAAGUGGAGGGAGUCGGCUUGGGAGCUAUGUGACUACUACCUCCCCUACGCCCUAGGUGGAGGCUACCUGCUCUCUUGUGACCUGGUCCACUAUAUCCGUAUCAACGCCGGCUUCCUCAAGGUGUGGCAGAGCGAGGACGUGUCACUAGGGGCAUGGCUGGCCCCUGUGGACGUCAAGCGGACGCACGACCCGCGGUUCGACACAGAGUACAAGUCGAGGGGCUGCAGCAACAAGUACCUGGUGACCCAUAAGCAGAGCCUGGAGGACAUGCUGGAAAAGCAGCAGAUGCUGCAGAGGGAUGGCCGGCUGUGUAAGGAAGAGGUCAAACUCCGACUGAGCUACAUCUACGACUGGAGCGUCCCACCGUCCCAAUGCUGCCAAAGGAAGGACGGGAUACCCUGAUGACCUUUACAUUUAACAUCCCUGACCUCGUCCUUCCUGGUCACCAUCGCUAGUAUUUAUGGUUGCCUAGGCGACAUGGUGAUCCCGCUCUACCCUAUUCUGUAGUAUCCAGUUGAGUUCUGUUGGCCCGCCUCACCUGCCUUUGGUUGAUCUCUGUAGAACACCUUUUUAGAACAAGUCUGUUCUGGCAGCCUGCCAGAAAAGACCUGAGGAAAACAUUGAUCCCUUUUACUAAAUGUUUUGUUUUAUUAUUUAAUUAAUUUAUUUAUUUAUUUAUUCCAGAGUCCUCAUUUAACGCACACUGAUGCAGAACUGGGAGAGUGGACCUGGCAGUGCAGCCACAAUAUAGGACCUUAAUUUAUUAACAGCACAUAUUUGGAGUGAGCAUUCUUAAAGGAAUCAUUUUUAAGCUUUACUGAUGGGACAGUAAAGAGAAACUCAAGUCAUUCCUGUCUAUUUACCUAUUUUGGGUAAGCGAAAGUGGCCCUACUGAUGAAUGUAAUGACAGUGAUUAUCUUGGUUUGAAUUUGGUGCUCCUUGGCUAUUUACUACAAAUCAUGUCAUAGAAUGACAGCCAAGGAGGAUGGUCUUUUUGUUUUGACACUGAAUGUGUAAUAAGCAUCAUGUAAGCCUGUCUCUCCUGCUUUUUGAGAGCAUGUUUUUUUCUGCUGAGAGAUCUAUCUUACCUGCUGUCUGUUUGGUCUUGUAUUUAAAGCCAAGUGAUGCCCGACGGAACCGGGUGUGUGUUCAGCUUAGCCACUGUACCAGCUAGCAAUUGGUUACUUUUCAACAAUCAGUUGAUUCCGUUAAUGUUGAGGUAAACCUUCAUUUCAUUGAAUGUUUAUUUAAAAUGUUUGGACCCACUGAACAUUUAAUUAA